CUCUUCCACAGUUCCAGGUCUAACCAGGGUCUCCUCCCUGGUUAGACCCAGGGUAGAUCUACGUGGCGAUCGCACGAGUGCGAGGGCUACCCGGCCGGGUUCUCCCAGAUGCUGUUUCAGUUGAAGGGAAACUCGAAAAUAAUACUUUAUGCUGUCAAUCUGAAUGUGAACCUCUUUCAAUCUGGAAUGCAGGUAUUUUUUUGAAGACGGAAGGCGAUCGCGAGGAACACUUAUGAUUUUCUCUUUGUCAGUUUUGGGAAUUGUUUGAUGAGGGUGGUCAGUGGGAAUGGAUGUCAGUGUCUAUUCUUAGUCUCAUACAGAAACACUGACUUCAGUUGUGUUCAGUUGUAGUAAUUAUUGCUAAGGGAAAUCAAUAGUUUGCCAUGGCAUCCGACGGGAGCGUAGACUCCGGGCUGAACUCAACAACUUGCACGGAAGCUUCCACGAACAGUAUUGCUUCAACGGAUGGGUCUGAUGACGAAGAGUUCCAUGAUGCCGAGAGCAGUUUUUCACCCGCCAAUGUCAAGCGUGGUGAACGAAUGAAAACAGCUGAUGCUGUUAUCGAAAUGUACCGGGCCAUUGACCUCUUCCUGGACAACCGAUUUGAGGAGGCCAAAGCUUUGGCCGAGCCAUGGGCGCCAGUUAGCAUGUACCAUGCACUUGCUCUCGGUGUACUCAAUUUCCUCCAUGCCUUUCUCAGUGCAGAAGCCGAGCCAAUUGAGCGUGCCAUUGUAAGCUUGCGACACGCUCGGAAGUUAGCCAACACGAAACGGAGGCAGCAGAACGCCAUCAAGUCAGUCUCUUCUUGGUUCCUGGGCAAGGACUUUGCUUCAUUCACAGAUGAUGAGAAAGCUGCGGAGCUUAUCUACACAGAAUGCUUGCUGCUGCGUGGUGUUAUUACGUUUCUACAGGAUGAAGGCCUCAUCAGUUUUGCUCGAGGUGGUUUGCGGAUACGUGCUUGCUAUAAAUCUUAUAAGGAAUGCUACGAUCUUAUGAGCACUAGUGGGAGAUGUGAUCAUGAGUUUGCCCAGGGUGUCAAGUAUGGCUUUGGAACCUUCAAUCUGGCAAUGUCAUUACUUCCUGCAAGAGUACUCCAGCUUCUAGAAUUUAUCGGAUACUCUGGUGACAGAGGUCUCGGCCUCAAGUUGCUCAAUGACUGUGCUUACGCCGAGUCACUGCGGGCAUUUUCCGCCCGCCUUGUUUUGCUAACAUUCCACACGAUCAUACCGUAUAUGCUUGGCCUCGGCGAUGGUGACAUUGAAGAAGCUACGAAGCUUAUUACAACUAACCUCACCAAGUAUCCCAAUGGUGCUCUGUUCCUCUUCUUCAAAGGCAGAUUACUGGUUAUUGAAGGCUCGAUGGCGGAUGCUGAGGAGUGGCUAUGUCGGUCGGUUGCCUGUCAGAAGCAGUGGCCUCAGUUACAUCAUCUCUGCUACUGGGAAAUAUUCUGGUCUCAUUGCUUCCGUCAAAACUGGUUGAAAGCAUCUGAUUUCGCCGAGACUCUCUUUAAGGAGAGCAGAUGGUCCAAGUCGUCCUAUCUGUAUAUGCAAGCAGCGACGUUGCUCAUGGACGCUGAUCCCAAGUCCGAUCAGUACACCAAAGCAUCGGCAUUGAUGAAGAAAAUCCCCGGUCACAAGAUCAGAAUAGCAGGCCGAUCAGUGCCAUUUGAGAAGUUUGCCAUCGAGCGACACGAUCGGUUCUUACGCAAGGGCCAUCUCUUCCUACCAGCUGUUGAAAUGGCGUACAUGAUGUGGAGUGGCUUCACGGUUUUGGCUCGCAAUCAGGAACUGCUGGAGAAGAUGUAUACGUAUGUCAGCAGGGCUGCCAGUCAGGAUGUGUCUGAUGAUCCAGACGAUCAUUGCCUGGCUGAGCUUCUUCUUGGUGUCUGCCUUCGCUGUUCUGGCAAAGUUGAUGAAGGCCUGGCGAAACUGCAAGACAUGCUUCAGUAUGCCAUCAACUCUGGUGUGGAGAAUGCCUACUUACAACCAUAUUGCCACGUGGAGAUUGGUCUUUGCUUCAUGAAACUAGAGCAGUACAAUGAAGCCAGAAAGCAUUUUGACAUAGCCCGGACUAACUUCAAGAAGUACGCGCUCCAGAGUCGAUUGCACUUCCGGAUGCAUGCAGCACUGCGUACGUUCCCAGCGGACACAUGACGUCGCUGUGCAGACCGCUCUUUGUAAGCACACGAAACAUGGCACUUUAGGUUUCAACUGUCUUGCUUGAUGGCCCACUCGCCCUCUACGAUGUGGCGUAUCGGCAUUGGGAAAUGGGCAGUGAUCUGCUUUUGGUGGAACUCAUCCCGUAGCUGUAGAUAUUUUCUUUCUUCCCUGACAAUUUCUUGACAAUAGUUAAACACUUUCCAAGCUCACGGUUCAUUCUACAAAAGAAACCUGCAAACAACCAUUACGGAUUAAGAAACCUGUAUCUGAAAUAUAGUGCCAUCAAAUCUUUCUAGCUUUGUUCAAUUCUCUUUAGGGCAAUGGCCAGUUAAGCCUUGCGACCGACCCGUCUAUCUUUCAUCGACUUCAUACCAUUGUCAUCAUCAGUGUGCCUAUGUUUUGCUACACGCUUCAUUUGUUAAUCUGCUAUUUAUUUUCCCUCCUGCCCCCCCCCCCCCACCCCCUCCCCACCCCCUCACUGUCACUGGCUUUAGUUUUGAUAUCUGUUUUCUCUUUUGGGUUCAAGAGCGUUGUUUUAAAUCAUUUUUGUUUUCAUUCUGCUAGCUUCGGGAACCAUCUAUUUGCAGUAUCUUGAAGUUUGGGUCCUGAAAAAGUCCCCCAGCCACCAACUAACCAAUAUAUAUUUUUAAUAGAUUCGACACCUUCUAAGGUAGACUCACCCGCAGCAUGACAACGUUAUCAUAAUCAUCGGAGUAAUCCCUAUGUGCACUAGAUUAUUCGUGCAUCUGACAGAACAUUAUUUUAUUGUCUUUAAUAUGUCAUAACCCCACGAGCAUACAAAUCGCCCCAGAGCUGGGCUCUUCUGCAUGCCGCCAACAUACGUACUUACUGUAAUACAGUACUGUAAACGAAGAAUGUUUCGUACUUGGUCUUCUAAUCCCAUUCGUAUGCAUCAUAUCUUUGUGCGUAGCAGCUGCCUGCCAUACCAUUUCAAUUUUGUACAGUUGAACAUCGAUUAUCCGCACAUCGA